UGUUAAUGAAGAGACCGACCGCUAAGCGCUGGGAAACCAAUCACGGUGCCGGUUCAGGGAGAAAGUCCCGCCUUUCAGGAGAAACAGCCAAUCAGCUCGCUGGUCUUGCGAGAAGAGUUAGCGUGCUGGUGGAGGAGAAGCCCCUCCCCCUCGCUGUGAGAUUUAGAAGCGGUGUCCAGCAUCAGCUGGUGUUGAAGUAAAUCUGGAUAUACGGCGAUUUUUCUAAGAGGUACUGUGGAACUUUUACACUUGGACCACUGAAAGCUUUCUGACAGGGAACAUCACCAAGCAGGAUGUACAGGUCCUCCAGAGGGUGAUGCAUUCAGGACCGUGCUCCCUGACCUGCAGUUUGACUAGAGCACUGAUGGACCAAGGUCAGGAAGGUUGUAAAAGACCUCAGCCAUCCUAACAGUGGAUUUGUGUCUCUGUCGCAGUCAGGAAAGCAACACAGAGAGGAUGAGGAGGAGCUUCUUCCUAAAGGAUAUUUGGGCUCUGAACUAGGACAAUAAUGAUAAAAGUGCUUGUUUUUUAGAAGAACUACAUGAAUAACCUUAUUUGUAGAGAUGGCGUGGAGAACUACCUCUGUGGACAGGGUGUGGAGGUAACUGCGACACCUGUCAGGAGAGACUUUAACGAUGGCUGACAGUGACAGGUAUAACCAGCAGAUUGUUUCUGAAAGGUCACACUCAGCAUUCCUGGAAGUCCAGCCCACGCGCCCGUAAACUUCAAUAUAAAAGAGCCGCCAGGGCUCCACUCUUCACACUCUGCUUCCAGAGCCAGACACAGAACCCUCCAACACCAUGACUUCCACCUACUCCAGCCGCAGCUACAUCUCCUCUGCAGCUUCCCUCACUGGAAGUUCAAGAAGCUCCACACGGAUCUCCACCUCCAGCAGGGGCUCUGCAGUGACCAGUACCCGGGCCAGCAGUGUGUAUGCAGGUGCUGGAAGCUCUGGGGUUCGCAUCUCCACUGCUCCCAUGAGCUUCAGUGCCUUCAGUGCAAGUGGAGCUCUGGACACAGCGGUCAUCGGCAAUGAGAAGUUCACCAUGCAGAACCUCAAUGAUCGUCUGGCCACCUACCUGCAGAAGGUGCGCUCUCUGGAGAAGGCCAACGCCGAGCUGGAGCUGAAGAUCCGCCAGUUCCUGGAAAGCAAGACAUCACCCAUAGCCCGUGACUACCUGACCUUCCAGGCCACCAUCAGUGACCUCCAGGCCAAGAUCCAAGCAGCCAUCCAUUUAAAGGGAGGAGUGUAUCUGGGCAUCGAGAAUGCACGGCUGACCGCAGAUGACUUCAGAAUAAAGUUUGAGACUGAGCUGGUCAUGCGUCAGUCCACAGAGGCUGAUAUUGCUAGGCUGAGGAGGGUGAUGGACGAGCUGAAACUGACCAAGAAAGACCUGGCACUGCAGAUCGAGGGUCUGAAAGAGGAGCUGGUUUACCUCAAGAAGAACCACGAGGAGGAACUCUUGGCCAUGCGUCAUCAGAUGUCUGGUCAGGUUCAUGUGGAAGUGGACGCUGCACCUCAGCAAGACUUGACCAAAGUCUUGGCUGAAAUCCGAGAGCAUUACGAGAGCGUCACUGCUAAGAACCAGAGAGAACUUGAAAGUUGGUUCAGGACUAAGACUGAGACUCUGAAACAGGAGGUGGCCACCAGCACCGCAACCCUGCAGACGUCUCGCUCUGAAAUCACCACAGUCCGGUCCACGAUGCAGGCUCUGGAAAUCGAACUACAGUCUCUCAUAGCCAUGAAAGCAUCAUUGGAAAACACUUUGUCAGAGAGUCAGGCACGGUACUCCAUGCGUUUGUCCAGCUACCAGAUGCAGGUAAGCAGUUUGGAAGAGCAGCUGGCACAGCUUCGUGCUGAUUUGGAGCGCCAGAGUCGUGAGUACCAGAUACUGCUGGACAUCAAGACCAGACUGGAGCUGGAGAUUGCAGAGUACAGGAGACUCCUGGAUGGGGAGACCACUACUGUCAAAACUACCAAAAGUUCCAGAACAAAGGUCAUCACUGUUGUGGAGGAGGUGGUGGACGGCAAAGUAAUCUCUUCAUCCACCUCUGAAUCUGUUGUUCAGAAAUCAUAAGACAAAGAUCCAACCCGGAGCCUCUUUGUGUAAAAAAGGGGCAACACAUAUAACCAAUAAAGCAUGCUAAAUGUG